UUAGUUUACCUCACAUAGAAACAGUGAUGGAGUGACAGGGGCUGGGAAAGUCAUGCUGCAUAGAAACCCCUUUUUCUUUUCUUUUUUCUUUCUCCUUCUAUUAUGUACAUGACUAGUCCUCUUUAUCCCGAGCCAGAUCCUAUAUCGAAUACUGUUCGAUUCCACCCGUCAUAUCCCACAGAUCGUUGGCCACUUGCUUGGUAUAUUGCAAGGCGAUCUCUUUGUCCCUAUUUCUUUUCUAACCAAGUCUAGCUUAUGUACUGUACAAAGGGUCACUUCCAUUGUCUGAAGUCUUAGGAUAACUAUAAAUAACACUUCACGCCCGACCAAUUCUCUGAGACCUUUCGUGUCUUUAUUCCUUUCCCUGGUCUAUCUUCUGCAGUCUACCCUUGGACGAUGAAACUUCUACCAGUUCCCGCACUCGAUGCAAUGGUAAUGACCAUGGUCGUGCUACUGAGCCUCUCUGCCCAAGUCCAAGCCGAUCCUAACCAGCGUCUCCCUAAACGAAUGGAGACCCAUCACCUUUCUCUCUCCCACAAAUCUCUCCCCAUCGUGCCCGCUUUUCCAGGUCCAGAGACCCAAAACCUGAGCAGCAUCACCAGCGACCACAGACACACAAUCUACAGCCACAAUUGGGCCGGUGUCGCACUUCUCAACUCCGCGCUCCCGUCUACCCCAAUUCUCACCUCCGUUGCCGCAACCAUCACCGUUCCGAUCCCUACCUCCUCAGCUACAAACGUCCAGGCCGCCUCUUCCUGGGUAGGAAUCGACGGCUUCGUCAAUACAGCUGCUAUCCUUCAGACAGGCAUUGACAUAGUCGCCUUUCAAGGCGAAGAAGCCAGAUACAAAGCCUGGUACGAAUGGUAUCCCGAUCCAGCCAUCCAUCUUGAUCUCGCGAUAGAGGCAGGAGACGUGAUCAUUAUGGCCGUCUAUUCUACGUCAGCCUUGACAGGAGUGACGAUUAUACAGAAUGAAAGUACUGGACAGAGCACGACGGUGACAGUCAGUGCGCCGCACUCGACGGCGACAUUGACAGGUCAGUCCGUGGAGUGGAUCGUGGAGGAUUAUCAGAGCGGAGGGUCGAGAGUGUCGUUCUUGGAUUUUGGAACGGUCAACUUUACUGGAACUGUGGCGAGGGCGAUAGGAAACCAGACAUUUGGGGCUGGGGGAGAUGGGGCUGUAAUAGUAGACAUGAUCAUGGAUAAUGGCUCGAUUGUUGCAGAGGCGAACAUCGUUGGUUCGUCAGGGGUUGCGGUUACACAUAGUUGAGAAAGCAAAGAGAUCACUGUAGAUGAUUUGGCAGGUUCAUUUGAUCGACUAGGAUCUAGAUCUAGUUUCUUUGUACUUACGUUGAGGGGAUAAAAAUCGGCUUACUAUGUGUAUACCAUACA